GCUUGGCCUAGAUUAUUUCCAUUGUUCGUGUCGGACACGCCUGCUCUGUUAGAUACUCUCGUAUCAUCAUCAUCAUCCGCGCUAUUAACUUGGAAAGCUACUUUCUCUGUUUCCUUGUAAACGAAGUCAGAGAGACGACUUUACAAUUCGAUCAUCUAAACCAUCUCUAGCGGUUGGAUCUCCGAUCAUCAGAUCGAUCAAUCAAUAAGACCCUUCUCCAAAUCACAACGAAGGAGGAAGAAGAAGAAGAAUAAAGAUGAAGAGAGUCUUCGGCAUUAAGAAAGACAAAGAACCCCCUCCUUCCGUUCAAGACGCCUCCGAUCGGAUAAACAAAAGAGGUGAAACAGUGGAUGAGAAGAUAAAAAGGCUUGAUGGUGAACUUGCUAGAUAUAAAGAACAGAUCAAAAAGACACGACCAGGUCCUGCUCAAGAAGCUGUCAAAGCUAGAGCUAUGAGGGUUCUCAAGCAAAAAAGAAUGUAUGAAGGACAACGUGAUAUGCUUUACAAUCAGACUUUCAACCUAGAUCAAGUUUCAUUUGCUGCCGAGGGAAUUAAAGAUGCUCAGCAAACAAUGUCAGCUCUAAAAUCAGCAAACAAAGAGUUGAAAGGGAUGAUGAAGACUGUGAAGAUUGAAGACGUUGAUAACUUGCAAGACGAGAUGAUGGACCUAAUGGACGUGAGCAAUGAAAUUCAAGAGUCUCUUGGUAGAAGCUACAGUGUUCCUGAUGACAUUGAUGAGGAAGACCUCAUGGGCGAGCUUGAUGCUUUAGAAGCAGAUAUGGGAAUGGAGACUGAAGGUGAUGGGGUGCCUUCAUAUCUUCAACCUGACAAGGAAUCUGACCUGGAAUCAGAACUCAACUUGCCCUCGGCACCAACAGGCCAUGCAGCAGUUCCACCUGGCAGAGCCAAUACCCAGGCUGAGGAUGAAAUGGGUUUACCUGCUGUUCCUCAUGCAUCCAUUCGCGGCUAGAGGGGGAGUUGGCUGAAGUAUUAUUUGCAGUCUCUUGUCAGUUUGUUCAUUGUUUAGGAUGAUUGAUCAUGUUGCGGGUAAGCCGUUGUAAACAUAGUGUGCAGAAUUUUUAACCACAAUUACUAUACUGAUUGUAUGAAUAUGGGAGGGUGGUUAAUUCCUUUCAAAUAAUUCGAGUUAUAUUUCAUGAAAGCACAGCUGUGGGCCUUGUAGAUUGUUAAUAGUUCUUUAUGAAGAUUUAUUGAAUUUUCACCUUCCAAAAAAAAUUUAUUGAA